AUGGAUGACGCUGGGCCUCACUCGAACAGAUUGUGGACGGGCUGGGCAGAGCGUAUGAUGAGAAUGAUUAGGGAGGAGCUCGAGUAUGAGGGCAUGGGAAGCUUUCUUGAUGAGAUCCUUGCAUCUGGUAUGUUUCCACUGGAUACAGCACCGCGAGCAACCGAUGCCGAUAAACUGCGAUUUGCCAUUGAUACAAUCAGAGGUGGACACACAAAUGCGCAAACACAGCCGCCCAACCAGUCGACUGGGAGCGCGCAGGAUUCGCACCUUCAGCCAUACAUUCACAUUUCAAGAGGCAAUGAGUUUGCAGAUAGCAAUGAUCUCUGGCAUCUUGCAAAAGCAUUUCCAACACUAUUCCCCUUCGGUUUCGGUGGGCCACGGUGCAAGGAAGAGAUGGAAUCGGACCUGUGGAAGAACAGUGUCCAGCUCACAGGGCAUGUCCGUGAUAGAGACAGUAUUGGAGAGGGUGGAGAGGGUGGAGAGGAUGCGACUUCGCCAACACGUAAUCUCGGACUUCACGCAUGGAUGAAGAAAGUGCUGCAACGACAUGGUGGUCACUUUGCCAAUCAUCCGGCGUUUUCAUUCCUAGUCUUCAACAUAGAGGUUCGGUCUAGGAAUAGAGGAAGAGGCUGGCGGAAGUGCAAAAGGAGUUAG